CCUCGUCUUCAGCCAUUGAUGCUCCUGAAAUGUUCCAUGGUCCAGCACACCUGGUCUAUGCCACUGCUGCUUUUGCUUCGUCAAUCUGGCACCUGACGCUCUUCUGCCAGUGCUCCCUCAAAGUCAAAUUGCUUUUCCGACACAUCGUCCCCUCGAGCAAUCUUCUUCGUACACUACUGCCCAGAAUGCCUCUACUGCCAUUGGUCCCCUACGCCGCGGCCGCUGAAAGUCCCUGCAGAAUGUGUUGAUGGCGCUUUCACAAGCGCGAAAGCUCCAACGCCUUGCGGCCUCAGCCAUCCACAGAAUCAAUGCCUCUCGCACGUCAAAUUGCCCUUGCAUCCUGGUGUUUCCUUUUACCUGCAAUCCAAACACAAAAAUUGCGCCAACUUGCACACCAACACUAACAAUUACUGCGAACGAUCUCGAUCCCGAUGCACUAUCACUGUGAACUAUUGUCGCGAAAGAAGUGCAAUUCCCCCUUAAAUCCGCCUAAUUGCCGUCUUUGAGAAAGCCGAAGUCUCUAUUCUUGGCUGGUACAUACCCCACUCGGUAUCCGUUAGCAUGCCGUCUGCCAUGUGUCGAAUGAGAAGCGAUGGACCCUUCUCCGAUGCGGCGUUCUCAUGGUUGACGCUAGGUCUGCUUGCACGCGCUCGACAUUUCGUAACCAAGA